AUGAUGAAGUACUUGGAAAAGAAGCAAGAUCAAAAUAAGGCACCAAGCCCUUGUUUGCCCAGACAUGCUCUGCCCACAACUGCCACUCCGUCACCCAUCUGUUUGCUACUAGAGGCUAUAGAUCACAUUAAAGUGGGCUCUUACUAUGAAAUCGACCACUCUAAGCUCCCUCCCAGAACCACCCCAGAACAGCUCAAGGCGGUUCGGGUCGUCAUGGUGAGUGAGAAGGGUGCGCUCAAAGUGGCUGUGAGGUUCCCAGGCAUUCACUCUCUCCACACUCACAUCACCGAAGGAGGCUACGCAAAACCAUUGCCCAAGCAGAUUCCAGAGCUUAACGAGAAGUACGUGAUGCCAGCAGAAAUGGCUUCAGAGGUGCUUUACGGGAGAAUCCCACCUCAGGAAAUUGCAGAUCGGAGCAACAUUUGGAGCUUCUGGGCAGCUACACCGUCUGCGACAAAUUACCAGAGAAUAAGCUCUUCACCGAGCCCAGCAGUGAGCGGUGAGGUCAUGAACAGGAGUGUGGUUUCCAAAAAGGGUCCAUGCUGGUCGGAGCUAAAGUUCACUGGGAUGGUGACGUGGGGUAAGCGCCGGCAAGUUCGGUACCUGCGCAGGCACGAGCCUUCACCGAGCUCUAGUACUGACGAAGAAGAAGAGAAGGGGAGAGAGCUAGCAGAGCUAGAGGAAAAUGGUGAUGAUUUCUCUGUGGAUGAUGAGAAAGCAAUAACUGUGAUAGAGGAAGAUGAUGAUAUUGAAGAAGAAGAAGAAGAAGAAGAAGAAGAUGUGAAAACAGAGGACGAGGCUCCUCCUGUUGUGCCGUGGAAGAUGAACCUUAGGAGUAGGAAGAGGAAGCGCCAAGAUCACCAUAGAAAGCCCAAGAAAACCACAAAGAAAUCAAAAUCUAUAACAAAACGUCAAAAGCAGAAUCAAGUUGUAGCAGUUCCCUAUCGGAGUAACAAGAAAUUGGUAAAACACACAGUGGCAAGGUGGUCUGCACUGAGGUACAAGGCUGCAGAGGAAAACAUGCUGAGGGUGAUGAAGGCCAAGGGUGCUAAAUUUGGGAACCCAAUACUGAGGCCAGCGCUGAGGUCUGAGGCAAGGAAGCUGAUUGGGGAUACGGGUUUGCUCAAACACAUGGCGUGCAAGGUGGCGCCAGGUGGAGCCGAGAGGUUUAGGCGGCGCCACAAUGCAGAUGGAGCCAUGGAGUAUUGGCUGGAGAGUGCUGAUCUGUUUGAUAUCAGAAAACAAGCUGGGGUUCAAGACCCUUAUUGGACCCCACCACCUGGGUGGGAGCCUGGUGAUAAUCCCACUCGAGACCCCACUUGUACCAGAGAGAUUCAUGAGCUCAGAGAAGAGAUAACCAAGAUAAAAAGUGCUCUCCUCUGCUCAACUACAUCCACUUCUCUCAUCUCUCUCUCCCCAUUAAGGCAACAGUGCUCUCCUCAGUUUGGAACUACGUCCACUUCUCUCAUCUCUCUCUCUCUCCCCAUUAAGGCAAAUUAAGUGCUCUACUCAGUUUGGAACUACGUCCACUUCUCUCAUCUCUCUCUCUCUCCCCAUUAAGGCAAAUAAAGCUCAACAAAAUGAACUGCAACUUCUGUGGAUUUCAAUCCGAUGUUACUAACACGUACUUGAACCACAUCGCGAGUCACUUGAAGGUGGGCUGUGGCGCCUGUUCAUCGACCUUUGAGAAUCUGCAUGGGUUAAAGGCACACUAUCAAGCCCGCCACAAGAACUCCCACCUGUACUGCGGCAAAAAUAAAUGCAACUAUCCUGUGCAUGCCGAAGGUGAAUUCCACAAAUGCAGCUAGGAAUAAUGUUCACGGAUUUUAGUCGAAUUUGUUCAUGGAUUUCAGUCAAAUUUGUUAAUGGAUGGAUUUUAGUCAGUAGCCUUUUAUGUAAGUAGUGGCACUCUCGAAUGGUUUGACCAUCUUUGCUGCUGCUGGUGAUGCUGAUUCUGUGGCAAGUGCUCUAACUACUGGUCCUAAGUGUAAAGGGUAAACACUUACUCAAAUUCUUAUUGUUGCACAAAAUCUGUGAAAAAUGUCUUGAAUUUGGAGUGCAGUGGUAUGAAGAAGACAGCAAUUGUGUUGAACAAGGGUUCUGG